GUGGAGCUGCCGCCACCGCCGCCGCCGAUUCCGGAGCCGGGGUAGCUGCCGUGCCGCCGCUGCAGCCGCCGCCGCCGCUGCUCCUGCUGCCUGAGGAGUGGGCUUGGGAAGGAAGCGGUCACCGCGCUCGGAGCUCUGCUCGCCAUCGUCUUUGCCCCCUGCCGACCUCCCACGGGAAUGACCAUGGAUAAAAGUGAGCUGGUACAGAAGGCCAAACUCGCCGAGCAGGCUGAGCGCUAUGAUGACAUGGCUGCAGCCAUGAAGGCUGUCACGGAACAAGGGCACGAACUCUCCAAUGAAGAGAGAAAUCUGCUUUCUGUUGCCUACAAGAAUGUGGUGGGCGCCCGCCGUUCUUCCUGGCGUGUCAUCUCCAGCAUUGAACAGAAAACAGAGAGGAACGAGAAGAAGCAGCAGAUGGGCAAAGAGUACCGGGAGAAGAUAGAGGCAGAACUGCAGGACAUCUGCAAUGAUGUUCUGGAGCUGUUGGACAAAUAUCUUAUUCCCAAUGCUACACAACCAGAAAGUAAGGUGUUCUACUUGAAAAUGAAAGGAGAUUAUUUUAGAUAUCUUUCUGAGGUGGCAUCUGGAGACAAUAAGCAAACCACUGUGUCAAACUCUCAGCAGGCUUACCAGGAAGCAUUUGAAAUUAGUAAGAAAGAAAUGCAGCCUACACACCCCAUUAGACUUGGCCUGGCACUGAACUUCUCAGUCUUUUACUACGAGAUUCUGAACUCUCCGGAAAAGGCUUGCAGCCUGGCAAAAACGGCAUUUGAUGAAGCAAUUGCUGAAUUGGAUACACUGAAUGAAGAGUCAUAUAAAGACAGCACGCUGAUCAUGCAGUUGCUUAGGGACAAUCUCACUCUGUGGACGUCAGAAAACCAGGGAGAUGAAGGAGAUGCUGGGGAGGGAGAGAACUAAUGUCUAUCGUGCUCCGUGAUCUGUCCAGUGUCACUCUGUACCCUCCACAUAUAUCUCUUUGUGCGAUAAAAAAAAAAAAAA